CUAAAACUCACAAUGGCUAAGCAAAUUGCUGGUUCUAAGGUCCUUCUUCUUGGCUCAGGCUUCGUCACCAAGCCCACUGUUGAGGUUCUCAGCAAGGCCGACGUCGAAGUUACUGUCGCAUGCAGAACCCUCGAGAGCGCGAAGAAACUCUGCGAAGGAUUCAAGAACACCAAGGCCAUCUCCCUCGACGUCAACGAUGACAAGGCUCUUGAUGAAGCCAUGAGCAAGGUCGACCUGGCCAUUUCCUUGAUUCCCUACACCUUCCACGCCCAGGUUAUCAAGUCGGCUAUCCGCACCAAGAAGCAUGUUGUCACCACAUCCUACGUUUCUCCGGCCAUGAUGGAGCUAGACCAGCAGUGCAAGGAUGCUGGCAUUACUGUCAUGAACGAGAUCGGUUUGGACCCGGGUAUCGAUCACCUUUACGCGGUUAAGACUAUCUCCGAGGUCCAUGCUGAGGGUGGUAAGAUCACAUCCUUCCUCUCUUACUGCGGUGGUCUUCCCGCUCCCGAGUGCUCAAACAACCCUCUGGGCUACAAGUUCUCCUGGUCCAGCCGUGGAGUCCUCCUUGCCCUCCGUAACGCCGCCAAGUUCUACCAGGACGGUCAAGAAAAAAGCAUUGCCGGCCCCGAGCUCAUGGCUGCCGCCAAGCCCUACUACAUUUACCCCGGCUUUGCUUUCGUCGCCUACCCUAACCGCGACUCUACCCCUUUCCGUGAGCGCUACAACAUCCCCGAGGCUCAGACCCUCGUCCGCGGCACUCUCCGCUAUCAGGGCUUCCCCGAAUUCAUCAAGGUCCUUGUGGACAUGGGCUUCCUGAGUGACGAGCCUCAGACUUACCUCAGCACCCCGAUCGCCUGGAAGGAGGCCACCCAGAAGAUCCUUGGCGCGACCUCAUCCGAUGAGAAAGACCUCGAGUGGGCCAUCUCUUCCAAGACCACCUUCCCCAACAAUGACGAGCGUGACCGUAUCAUCUCCGGUCUCCGCUGGAUUGGGAUUUUCUCCGACGAGAAGAUCACCCCCCGCGGCAACCCGCUCGACACCCUCUGCGCCACCCUCGAGCAGAAGAUGCAGUAUGGCCCCGAGGAGCGGGACCUCGUCAUGCUCCAGCACAAGUUCGGCAUCGAACAUAAGGAUGGCUCCAAGGAGGUCCGCACCAGCACGCUCUGCGAGUACGGUGUCCCUGGUGGUUACUCUGCCAUGGCCAAGCUUGUUGGCAUCCCCUGUGGUGUUGCUGUGAAGCUGGUCCUUGAUGGCACUAUUAACCAGACUGGUGUUCUUGCUCCCAUGACUUGGGACAUCUGCGAACCUAUCCAGAAGACCCUCAAGGAGGAGUAUGGUAUUGAAAUGAUCGAGAAAACUCUGUGAAUGCCUUCCUUGCGGAAGUUGUAACGAUCUAAAAAUGUCCAUUUAUAAAAAGGAUAGAAUAGGAUUCUACGAGAAU